AUGGGUCUCUGUCUCCCCGGAGGAGAAAAUGCUUUACUCUUAAAUAUUGAUGCUACCAAAGGGAACACCAUGUGCACCCAAAUACCCAGACAGAUUUCCAAAGAUGAUCUAGUCAAAAUUCUUCCUGACUCUUGGAUCACAAAUUAUGAAAAGCUAAGGGAACCUGAAGAACCUCUGCAAUCUGGUGAACCAACUUUUACCAAAAGAAGUGACAAAACCGUUUCCAUAAGCUUUGACCAUUUCCAUCUCAAAAAACCCAAUAAAACCAUCUUCUCUUGCCAAAUGAUUCAACCCAAAGAUACCACAGAUACAUACCCAGAACCUGAUGGAGUGUUUUUCUGGAAUAUACAAAGCAUCAUGGAAGAACAUGACUGGUGCCAAUAUUUUGACAAAGAAGGAAAAAGAAUGUGGUGGUUCAAAUGCCCCUUCACUGGUCACUGCCCAUGUGAUCUUGAUUGCACCUGCCAAGACUGUUUAGAAGAUCCAAUUGGAGAAUAUGAUGAACAUCACCAGCACAAACCAAAAUCCAAGAAAAAGGAGAAAGCUACUGAAAAACAAUUUCGAGCCAAAUAUGAAAAUAAAGAUCCUUCGAUUGGCUCAUUAAGCCGUCCAGGUAAAUAUGAAUUUCUUGUCAGUUAUGAACCCCAGGAAUGGCCAAAAUUACCAGAAAAAUUCACUCCAAGUUGGGAUGAUAGUGAAACCACCCCAAAACCCAAACCACCAUCAGCUCGUAACCCAGAAUCCAAAAAGCAACCUGAACCUAAAACUCCAUCAACCCAAAAGUCUACACAUCCGCAAAUAUUUAUGAUGAGUCCUUCAAGUUCCAGCCACUCCCAAGAUUUUCCUCCACUUCAAUCUUUCGAAAAAGAGGGUAUCAGUCAUGCCCCAAAAAUCCCCAAGAAAAACACAGUACUACCUUCUGGAGAAAAAACCCAACGAGUGACAUUGAAGCAACAAUAA